AUGGAGGGGGAGGCGGGAGAAGCACCAGGGCUGGGCAGGCCCGCUGCUUCCAAGGACUUCCACUUUCGUCACAUGGAUCUGUAUGACUCUGAAGACAGACUGCAGAUCUUCCCAGAAGAAGACACUCAGAUGAGAAGAGAAGUAGUUCAAGCCGAAAUGACCAAUGAGCCAAGACAGCCCAUGCAAGGGAAGGCUCAGAGAGACCUUGGAGAGGAAGUGGAUGAACUUGUCCAUCUAUAUGGACUUGAAGAUGAUCACGAAUUAGGGGAUGAGUUUAUUGACAAAAGCACGCCCAGAAUAGAGGUUUCAGAGUAUCCUCCUUAUAUGAUGAUGGGGAGAGAGCCACUGAGGGAGCAGAGAGACUGGAGACUUAGUGGCGAGGCUGCGAAGGCUGAGGACCUGGGCUUCGGGGCAUGGGGCUCGGCAGGCCACUGCCGGGACUUGCGGGAAGCCUAUCGGUACACCCACGGCCAUGCCAGUGAGGAGUAUGAGUGCUACGUUAUCCCAGAGGAGGAGGACGAGGAAGAAGCUGCCGAUGUCUUCUGUGUCACUUGCAAAACUCCAAUAAGAGCAUCGGGGAAGGUUCUUGUUGAGCACAAGGAGCAUGAGGUGACCCCGCUCGGUAAAGCACUGGAAAGUGCCAAGGAUGAAAUUCACAAAAACAUGUACAAAUUGGAAAAGCAGAUUAUUGAGAUGGAAAAUUUUGCAAGUCACUUGGAGGAGGUUUUCAUCACGGUGGAGGAGAAUUUUGGAAGACAAGAAAAAAACUUUGAGUCACAUUACAAUGAGAUCUUGGAAACACUUGCUCAAAAAUACGAAGAAAAAAUACAAGCUCUAGGGGAGAAAAAGAAAGAGAAGCUGGAAGCCUUGUAUGGACAGCUGGUCAGCUGUGGAGAAAAUCUUGAAACCUGCAAAGAACUGAUGGAAACAAUAGAGGAGAUGUGUCAUGAAGAGAAAGUUGAUUUCAUUAAGGAUGCUGUGGCUAUGGCUGACAGACUUGGAAAAUUCCUGAAAACAAAAACAGAUGUGGAAAUCUCGGCGCAGCCUGAAUUUGAAGACCAGACCUUGGACUUCUCUGAUGUGGAGGAGCUUAUGGGCGCCAUUAACACCAUCCCAGCUCCUUCUGCUCCAGUGAUAAACCCACAGGCCCCCAACUCAGCCACAGGUUCCUCAGUCCGAGUGUGCUGGAGCUUAUACUCUGAUGACACCGUGGAGAGCUAUCAGCUAUCCUACUGGCCAGUGCAGGACAGCUCACCUGGGAAGGACCGAGCAGAGUUUACGAUGACGGUCAAAGAAACAUAUUGCUCAGUAACAAACCUUGUGCCAAAUACCCAGUAUGAAUUUUUGGUCACAGCUCAGAACAGGGCUGGCCUCAGCCCCGCCAGUGAGUGUGCAGUGUACAUGACAGCGCCUUGUCCCCCCAUUAUGAAAAGCAAAGAGAUAAGGAGCUGUGAAGAGGCUGCGCUGAUCUGCUGGGAGUCUGGGAACCUGAAUCCUGUGGACUCAUACACGGUGGAGUUGACCCAGGCAGAAGUGCCGGGAGCCUCGGGCGUAACUGAGUCUGUUGUGGGCAUUCCCACCUGCGAGUGCCUGGUGCAGCUACAGCCCCGGCAGAGCUACACCAUCUACGUGCGAGCCCUCAACGUGGGGGGCCCCAGCGCAAGGAGCGAGCCUGCUACAGUCUACACCACAGGCAGCUACUUUCGCCUGAACAAGCACACCUGCCAUCCCUGGCUGACCGUUUCUGAAGAUGGGCUUACAGUGGUACGAAGUGAGAGGAAAGCCUCCGCCAGGAAGCCACUCCCCAGCGACACCCGCUUUACUAGGUGUGUUGCUGUCAUGGGAAACCUAAUUCCAGUCCGAGGGCGCCAUUACUGGGAGGUGGAGGUGGACGAGUGUUUGGAUUACACGGUGGGUGUGGCCUUUGAAGAUGUCCCUAAACAGGAAGACCUGGGAGCAAACCGCCUCUCCUGGUGCAUGAGGCACACAUUUGCAUCAUCAAGGCAUAAGUAUGAAUUUCUACACAACAAGAUGACUCCAGAUAUAAGGAUAACGGUUUCCCCAAGGAAGAUUGGAAUUCUAUUAGACUAUGAAAAUUCAAAAUUGUCAUUUUUCAACGUGGACAUUUCUCAGCAUCUGUACACGUUCAGUUGUCAGCUUCACCUAUUUGUGCAUCCCUGUUUUUCUUUGGAAAAGCCUGGAUGUCUAAAGAUACACAAUGGCAUUUCAAUGCCAAAGCACGUCACUUUCUAUUAGACCCUUCGGAUGCCCAGCUUCCUGUC